CUUGUUAAACAGAUGAUUUACUUACUAAAUACUAGGUUAAGUUUUACAGAAAAUGUCAAAAAGUGAACUUCUAAAAGAAUACAAGAAAAAUGUAGUCCAAAUCAAAAAACAUGCCAAAAAUUUAAGCUUGAGUGAAAAAGAAGUCAACAUACUAUUCGAACAAUCAUUUCUCGAAUUAAGAAAGGAACAAAAUGGUACAAAUGUGCCCAAACCAAUCAAAGCUCAAAGUCUCUGUACUAGCAUAAGAAACAUAUUCGUACUAUUUACUACCCUAUCUUUUUUUAUUUACAUCUUGUUGAACGUUCAUCAACCAACGUCCAGCAUAGUUUUAAGGAAUGUUCAAGGUUUAACUUAUCCAACCUUGAAAUUUAUAAGGUUUUUAUCUGUCCCAAUAAUCAGACUGUUUCCAUCUUUAACAGAUUUAUAUGAUGAAACAUGUCUUAUAGAAAACCCCUACUUUUAUGUAGCAGAUAUGGAAUGCUGGCCCUGCGAAAAUGUUUUCGCUGUGUUGAAUAUUUCAUCAAUGGAGGAAAGUUAUCUUAAAUCUGAAUCUGGAACUCCUUUUAUUGUCAAAUCGAACCAAAAGACUGUAACCCUUAAAACCCUCCAACAAACUUACAAACAAAACAGGGUACUCCUGGAUUCAGAAACAAGAAGACUACAAUCUACUAAUUCCAGUAUUACUACAUUAAGAGAUUUAUUUGGUAGUGACGACAAUAUUUUUCUGUCCAAUUUGAACACUCAUAUCUCUUGGAGAAUAACCAAAAUGGCAUCUGCUCGUAUCAUUCGUCAGGUCUUCCCAAAACCAUUUUUUCUUCCAGAAAGAUCUGGUCAAAGCGUUGAAAGGUUUGUAAUGUUAGAUGGCCACACAGCAGAGCCUUACGUGUUACCUAAUACCGAAUGCAGCUACGUAUUUCUAAUACAGGGAUCUGGAGAGAGAAGUAUUGUACUAAAACCUUCCAAAGAAUGUAGUAAUAACUGCCGUACUGUAUCAGUAGUAUUGAAGCCUUCAUAUAUAUUAUGGUAUAACUGGUGGUACUGGCGACCUAUUAGUCUUCCAGUAACGAAUGCAACUGGGCCUUCCAUAACUUAUAUCAAUUCGUACUGUUAACUGUGUUAACCUUUUUAUAAAAGUCUUUAUCAAUAUUUAAUCUAUACCCAAAUAAAAAGGCUGAUUUUAUUGA